AUGCCGCCCAAAGUUGGCCCGGCUGCCAAAGCACAGGCGUUGGCUCCGCAAGCCGCCCUUCCCACAGGCAUUGAGCAUCACGCAUCACCUUCGGUGGCCAGCACUGCGGACACCGCGGAGCGGGCUCCGAAGAACGAUUCGGUGAGGUCCGAGCCAGAGGAGGCUCAG